UUACCAAAGGUCCCUCAUGUAGGAGGCAUGAACCGCAUACGUGCUAUGCGCCAAAAUCCUCAUAUAUGUGCUUCUUGGGCAGAUACGGGUCAUGUUCAGGCGAUGCUCAUGAUGUGGGACUUGAGCUCGCAAUUGAAGUCUUUGGUAGAAUCGGAAGCUGAAGCUAUCCGUUCGGGACACAAAGAUGAAGUCAGAUUUUCUGGACACAAAGAUGAAGGUUAUGCCAUGGAUUGGAGUCCUCUCAUUGCUGGAAGAUUUGCGUCGGGGGAUUGCAAGAGUAGUAUUCAUCUGAGGGAACCCGCAUCUGAUUCUACAUGGAAUAUUGAUGCGAGUCCCUUUGUUGGUCAUACUGCAAGUGUCGAAGAUUUACAGAUAUUAGAUGAUCACGACAAUAUAAUGAUUUUUGUUAAAUAG